AAAAGGGGAGAGAGGAAAGGGCGUGAAUCAAGGGAAUAACGGGUGCUGUACAGCAGACAAAACUAAAUUACUCGUCGGCGCAUUAUCUUCUUCCUCCAUGUGACUCCCUUCCCCCACAUCUUCUCCCUAUCCCCCUCUCUCUCCCUUCUAUUCCUCUCUCAUUCUCCAUUCCACACACACCCAUUUCUCCAUAUUCCCAUUUUCCGUCACCAUGGCAGCAAAACUUCCCAUCAUUCUCAUCUUCUCCCUCCUCAUUGUCUUCGCUUCAGGCAAUCCCACCGCCAACCCUGAGAUCGAUUCCCAUUCCGGCCUCCAGCCCAUGAAUGAGACCGUGGAAUGGGAUUUCCCGACUCCAUUCCAUCUCGAAUCCGAGCUCGUUCAAGAGCAAGAAGAAGAAGAAGGGUUGCCUCGCAGAUCUCUCUACUGGAAAUCACCGGCGAGGAAAUACUACAUUUCAUACGGGGCUCUCUCCGCGAACCGGGUCCCCUGCCCCCCUCGCUCCGGCAGAUCCUACUAUACCCAUAACUGUUUCAGAGCGCGCGGCCCCGUGCACCCCUACACCAGAGGCUGCUCCGCCAUUACCCGCUGCCGGAGAUAAAGAGCUGAAUUUUUUUGUACUGCUGUAUUCUUUUCUCUUUGUUUGGCUUUUCCAAUCAGCAAAAGUUGUACGAUGCUCAACUGGUGCUUCUCAAGACCUCUUUCUUGUUUGUUGAACUAGUGUUUUCUUGGAUUGUUACGUUGUUUUCUGGGCGGCCUUCAAAUUUUCUAGAUCUGAGUGGAGCAAUGUAUGUACGUAUUUGUUUAUUUUUGAGAUUGUUGUGUUC